UCGCAGAAUAUUGCAUAAUGCUGACAACGUCACUGCCCUAACUUUUGACGACAGAUGCAUCUCUGUCUAUUGCUGUUUUGAAGUUCGUCCUCAGUGCAGGUCAACAGAGUCAAAACUGCUUCAAGAGUCAUGGCCGCUUUCCUUCACCACUGCCCCUUCCUGAAGUCGGCCCCCAAGCCUGUUUUGCUGAGAACUGGGGCCACCCUCCUCUCCAUGGCCGACCGAUGCCCCAUGAUUGCCCGCCAGAUCACUGUUUGUGCCUCAAUCCCCAAGGAGAGGAAGACAACCAUCCAUUCUACCCAGUCAGCAGGCCUCCUGCCCCUGAGGGUGGACUCAAAGCGUCAUUUUGCCCAAUCAGCAACCCAGGUGGCUGUCUCCAUGUCCAAGGGAUGUCCCUUUGUCUCCAACCAGAUUGGCAUGGUAAGAGCGAGCCCUGAGGUUCAGGAGGACGUCCCGACAGAGUCUAACCCAGGUAUGCAGAGUUCUCUUUUGAAGGAACUCGAGGACUCCAUCAUGCCGAUGGUCCAAACCCCCAGUGUGUCCCACCUCCUGAAGGACAACAUAGUUGGCCCCAGUUUCGACUACGAUGGCUUCUUCUACAGGAAGAUCUUUGAGAAGAAGAAUGACCACACCUACCGCAUCUUUAAGACAGUGAAUCGGCGCGCUGACGUCUUUCCCUUUGCCGAAGACUACUCCAUUGCCGGGCGGGAAGGCUCCCAGGUGUCUGUCUGGUGCAGUAACGACUACCUAGGCAUGGGUAGCCACCCCCGGGUCCUCAACGGGAUUCAGGAUGCCCUGAGUAGGCAUGGCGCGGGUGCCGGAGGCACCAGGAACAUCUCUGGCACCAGUAACUUCCAUGUGCUGCUGGAAAAAGAACUGGCCCAGCUCCACCAGAAAGAUGGAGCGUUGGUCUUCUCAUCCUGCUUCGUGGCCAACGACUCCACCCUCUUCACCCUAGCCAAAAUGCUGCCAGGCUGUGAGAUCUACUCUGACAUGGGGAACCACGCUUCAAUGAUCCAGGGCAUAAGGAACAGUGGCGCCAAGCGCUUCAUCUUCCGCCAUAACGACAGCCAACACCUGGAGGAACUGCUGAGUGGCUCCGACCCCAAGACGCCCAAAAUCGUGGCCUUUGAGACCGUGCACUCAAUGGACGGUGCUAUAUGUCCCCUGGAGGAGCUAUGUGAUGUGGCCCAUCGCUAUGGGGCCUUGACGUUUGUUGAUGAGGUCCAUGCUGUGGGCCUGUAUGGAGCCCAAGGGGCCGGUGUGGGAGAGAGAGACAACAUCAUGCACAAGAUUGACAUUGUCUCUGGAACCUUGGGUAAAGCCUUUGGCUGCGUGGGGGGCUACAUUGCCAGUAGCGCUGCGCUGGUGGACACGGUGCGCUCCUUCGCUGCAGGCUUCAUCUUCACUACCUCGCUGCCCCCCAUGGUGCUGGCUGGGGCCCUGGAGUCUGUGAGGGUCCUGAGGAGCUCCGAGGGCCAGGCGCUGCGCAGGGCCCACCAGAGGAACGUCAAACACAUGAGACAGCUGCUCCUGGAGAAAGGACUGCCUGUGGUCAAUUGCCCCAGCCACAUCAUCCCAAUAAAGGUUGGUAAUGCGGAGCUCAACUCCAAGGUGUGUGACAUCUUGCUGGAGCGACACAACAUCUACGUCCAGGCCAUCAAUUACCCGACCGUAGCCCGAGGCGAGGAGCUACUGCGUCUGGCUCCCUCCCCUCACCACAACCCCGCAAUGAUGGAGUACUUUGUGGAGAGGCUCGUGGAGGUGUGGCAAGAAACGGGGCUCCUUCUGAACGGGCCGGCGACUGUCUCCUGCACCUUCUGUGACCGCCCACUGCACUUUGACCUGAUGAGUGAGUGGGAGAAAUCCUACUUUGGCAACAUGGAGCCUCAAUACAUCACUGUGUCCGCUUAGUACAAAACCAGAGGAAGAUUUUCAUGAACGUAUACAGGUAACUUCCGAAAUAAAGGAAACACCAACAUAUCCCUCAAUUACUCAAGUGUUCCCAUUAUUUUGGCAGUUACCUGUACAUUCCUAUAUGUAUUUAUGUAAACAUAAUUCAUUAUACAUCAUUAUCAUCAUAUCAUCACUCUUAUUUCAUACCAGGUUUCAUUCAAACAACGUACGUAUUAUGCAGACUACACAUUUUAAUCUUAUCUCAUUCAGUAUUUAUUUUCUGUGUUUAUUGUUUCUAAAGUAACUUGCUAUCCCCAAAAUAGAUAAGAUUACAUUUAUAAUUCUGUGAACUAAAAUGUGUGCCCCUUUCACAUAGUGACUUAAAACGUAAAACCUGCACAUGGGCACUUUCUAAAAUAACUAUUUAAUCUCAAGGUGAUAUUUUGGAUUGUAUAGAUUUCUGUAUCAAUUGUCAUGUGCUUUGGUCACCCUUGAUAGUGAAAGACCACAAUCAUGAGUUGUCUCACUGAUACGUUAUUGAGGCUGGAAAAACGAAA